ACAGCGCCUAUGAUCAUUUUAAUCGCGCAGACUCCAGAAAAAUAAUAAACAAAAGGAGCGAUGGAUCUUUUCCACAGAAACUGUCCGAUAAUGUAUCGUGUCGUGUCCCUGGUUGUUUGAGUGUUUUUUUACUUGUGAAACAGCUCCGCGGGUUGCAAAAUGACUGAAGGUGGUACCACAAGAAUGAAGCGCAACGGCGCUCGUCUAUUUAAAAAUCCACCUCAACCUCAUAUGUGUAUACAAGACUUUAUACAGGGUACUGCAGUCCCAUGUUAUGUAAAUGUUUUAUCUUGGGAGAAAAUUGCAAUGCCUUUGAAGCCUUCUCAGCCUGUGCCGCUUUACGGAGGGAUGAGAGUCAGACCACCUCGUACAAAAGCGGAAGCCCUUGUAUUCGCGGUAAUGGCCAAUCCAGAGGUGCUUCGAAUCAAUGGGAAAAAUGCUCCAGAUCCAAAGAAGCGUUCCAGUUUAAUUGAGCUUUUGCUAGACUUUGUGGAAACAGUGAACACAGGAGUAGUUUUCACACGACAAUACACGAUAUUAAAGGACCGAGAUAUUACCGGUGAAUUGAAAGAAGUUUGGAACGCGGUACAAGCUAGGCAAGAUCUAGAACAGCCUCCUCCUCAACAGGAGACCUGGAUCGAUACGCAGCCUAUGGUUCGCCUGUAUCCUGAAUAUCAAGACCAUCAGCAGCAAGAGUGCACGUCACAACCUCCUCAGUAUCACACAGGCGUCGCAUAUGGUAGGGCAAUGAGUAACGAGAGUAUGCAUUACCAAAUGUACCAGUCUGGACAAAUAGUGCCACAGCAAUAUCACGGUAAUGUUCCGCGGAUUGCGCAGGAUCGUUAUAACUAUAGAGAACGCGGUAGAGAGAACAUAGUACAGAAUAUUCCCCAACAGAACUGUCCGGCGUAUCCGGGCCCGCAGUAUCAGUUUCAACAGUUGCCAAGACAAAUGGUGCCGCAGUAUGUGAACUCGUACGGUCCGACCGCAAACGCGAAUAUGAAUCCAAAUAUGAACACAAAUUUAGGAACACCUUUUCAACCGUACAUCAAUUACCAGCAACGAAUGGACAACACAAUGCAAUUUGAUCUACAUAACAGAAUGCAACCGCAGCAGCAACAGCAACAGAUACAUUUAAAUCGAGCUCAAUUAAUGCCUCAAUACGAACCACCGACGUCGUUCAAUCUUCACACCACCUCGUCGAUCAACGUUGUGAGAUUAGGCAGACCGCACAUGGGCAUAGCUCAAAAGAACAACGCCAGCAAAAGACAAGUGAAUUCUCCCACUCAUUCCAAGCAACCUUCCUGUACAAAUUGUCAAAACAAAGAUGCUUCCGACAAUAGCACAAAGCCGAAAAGUCCCGUCAAGGUGUUACAAAGGGAAUUACCAUUAAGCGAUAGGCAAGACAACACGGUUAACCAUACACUUACCGAUAACAAUAAAGUACCUACAGAAAGAAGUUCGAUCGAGGAGCCGAAGAACGUACAAGUGACGGAUCUGGACGAAGACGUGAAGAAGUGUAACGAUACCGAAAACUCCGAGGGGUUCGAGCCAUCCAGAAAACCACAUGAUAAUACUCACGCUGUAGAUCUAGUUUCGGCGACCGUCGGACGAGAUGCUCCGAACUCUUCCGAGAACGUGGCUCCGUCGGAGGAAAAGCUGCAGAAGGCUAAGAAUGUGGACGUUCCAAAUGGUCAGAACGUACCGGAACAGAAAUAUUCAAAGUCAAAAGCCAACGUCACGAAGGGCAACAAGCAUAAAGAAAAUACAGAGAGCAAUAGAACAAUUCGCAUUAGGUUUGUUUCCGACCAGAAGAACGAUAGUCCGAAACGUUCUCAGACCACGGUCAACAGCAUUAUCAAGAGCGUGUUCAAAAUUCACCCGGGGAUGUCGAGCGAGGAGACGUCCGGCAAACGAAGAACGAACGGACAGGCGAAGAGUAAUAACGCUAAGUCGAACGGCGAGAACGAGGAGGUGCAACAAGGAUACACGAUAUUAAAGAAAUCCGAGACAGCUACUCAGGAGGAGGUAGUGCACGAAUUAGCUCAGAUAUCUAUUCAAGACUGCAAGGACGCGACCGAGAUUAGUCCUGUGCUCUCGUGAUAGCCUAGCAUACAGCUGGUAUGAUGUACUGGCUCUCACAGCUACACAACAAUGACUCCCAUGUAAAUAGAUAGAUCAUCAAACAAUAAAAAAAAGAAAGUGAAGUCACAGGAUGAAGCAGAUGCUGACCUGAGGGGGACUCCGAAUCACAACACAUCCGAGAAAACGAUAGGACGUGCUUUUGCUAACCGCCCGUUUAUUUGUUUGUUUUUUUUCUCUCUCUCCGACGAAUCCAUUCGUCUUCCUUCGCAUAACUUCACGAAGACGGAUCCAUAUAGUGAGAAUUGCUCGUACAUUUCGAAGCUCGGUCACAACCGAAACGCCAACAACAACAACAAAAGUGACGGUAUCUAUUUUCUCUAGAUGUCCGCAAACGAACCAACCAAUCAACCAGCCACGAAGAAGUUUUUUAACGAAUGAUCUUAAUUUAACCGGAUUUUAAAGCAGAACGGCUGCUUUUAAACGCUACGUGUGAAUCAAGAAAAGGUGUUGUCCGUGAUAAUUUUGUUUUCCUUACAAGGAGUUUUACAAACUCGAGCGACCCGAGGUCGUGGCAUACACAUACACACAUACAUAUGUUCACUUGCCGAAGUCCGUCAACUGAUUUUUACUUCCAGUAACGCAUACGUCGAUUAAUCUCCGAGUGAAAAGAACUAAUGUUAAACUACAAAUACACAGCGCUAUUAAAAAAAAAAAGCGAGAGAGACUAUACGGGACACUAUCAACGUUCCUACGCUGUGGAUGUAUUGCUAACACGAAUUGCAACCUAUCGAGUUUGGAUUUGAUUAGAUACGCAUCCGGAAUGAUAACAGUUUCGAAUUUAACCUAAGGGAAAGACGAGAAACCAAUUAGCGCAGAAUUGAGAAAAACCGAGUAACGUAUGUAAGUUAUGCAACGUACCGAAA